UAUACCAAAUCUUUACAGGAAGCCAUGGCAUUUCCUCCAAGUCCAACUAUUUUGAUGGUCCGAAAACUUCCGAUAGACUUAAGUAACGAAGAAGCAUCUGAUCUUUUACAAUAUUUUGGUGCCAAGUCAGUCAGUGUCAUGAGCCCGAGAGGUCACAUGAGAGGCACUGCGUUUGCAGAAUUUGGUUCUCGAGAGGAAGCUGAUAUUGCCCUAAAAAAGUUACAUCAAGCACCACUUUUUGGUUCAAGACUCGUUGUUCAAUAUUCAGAAAAGAAUUUCAUGCCUUUUGAGGCGCCAGAUUCUGUUAUUUUACCUCAACCUCCAAAGGCCACAGAAAAGCCUCCACAACCUGAAAGAGUGGGUUUGAAAACCGAAAGUUUACCGGACCAUUCUCUUCACUAUUUGUACCCACCCCCUACAUCGCAGACACUUAGUAACAUUUCUCAUGCUCUGGUUGCUGUACCUCACUUUUACAUCCAAGUUUUACAUCUUAUGAACAAAAUGAAUCUUCCUCCUCCAUUUUCAAAGUCGACAGAAAAAUCUAUAUUUGAAACAAGUGCAUCAUUACCACCACCUUUACCAUCUUCAUCUGAGUCAGAAUUAGAGUCUGACCAUGAGGAACCCCAAGAAUUGGUUGAAUCUAGAACACUUGAAAAGGAAAAGGAGAUUUUGGAGGAAAAGAGGAUUGCUACUCAGGCGUUUAUUGAGAAGCAUAUGCCUGAAUCAGAACGAAAACGUAAAAGAGAGAUUUCUGAACCUGAUCCUGGCCAUACAGUUAAAAUGAGCAAAGCAGUUUGUAAUGAGGAAAGCAAAUCUUCGUCAGUAAAUGAGUCAGUUGAUAUGGAUUUGAGCGAUAGUGAAAACACUGAAGCUGUGGAAUUACCUACAGUUAAACCAAGCGAAAUUGAUGUGCCAUCAAAUAAAUCAUCUCAAGAGCCAGAAAUUCCGUCUAGUUCAAAUGUUACCACUGAGAUGAAAAACAGAGCAAUCCCCAAACCUCUCAAACCUGAUUAUGAAGAACCCACUUCAAGCUCAGAACCUACAUCAAUGGUAGGAAGUCAGUCUGAAAAAUCAUUUGAGGCUGCAAUUCCCGAAACUAUUCCUGAAAAGAUAGCAGAACUACGCAAAAACUACGCAGAACUACGCAAAAAACUACGCAAAAAACAGUUUAUUGAUCAUCAAACGACUGUCAGAUCAAAGUGCUUGACUCCUGAUAAUUUUGCUGAACACGCUGUACUCAAAAGGUAUGUCAAAGGAGAUCCUUCCUCAAAGCUGUACAUAAAAAAUCUUAACCACAAAGAGGUCCAGGAAAAGGAUCUAAAAGAUUUGUUCAGACCUUACCUCGAGUUUUAUGGUCGUGAUGAGCAGGACAAUGUACCUGAACUUCAAAUAAAACUGAUGACACGUGGUCAGAUGAAGGGACAAGCUUUUAUCACGCUACCCAAUGUUGAGGCAUCAGAAGUUGCAUUGUCCGAUUUGCAUGGGUAUUAUUACUAUGCCAACUGAUGACCGAAGUAGUGACGUGAGAAGAGUGAAAAUACCAAGAAGCGAUUCUGGGUUCGGUUUGACGGUAUGUGGAGGAUCAGAUGUGCCUCAUAAGGAGGGUGACAGUGGCAUAUUUGUGAGCGAAGUGUCCCGCUCUGAUAUCGACCUCUGUGUUGGUGACAGAAUACUUGAGGCGAACAGAGAGACGCUGAUGGACGUGUCUCACGAUGAGGCCAUCAGAGUACUAAAGAGCUCUCCCAACGUGUUGGAACUUUUAGUGGAACCUGCUCAGCUUGAAUUCAGUGUAUCAACUGACGACUUAGCAAGUCUUAUGAUGACAGAAAACGGUUUUAUCCACACAGACUCGCCGAUGGUGGAGUCAAUCACUGAGGUAGAUUUUGGGACGCGGGAAGAGAAAUUUGCAGAGCCUCCGCUCGAAAAUGGAAUCUUGGCCCAUCAAGUUGAGGAGAUCGAAGAUUCAUCAUCCUUCUCCAAAGUCUUCAGCACAGUUGCGUUCAUCGCACUUGGAGCUGCGCUGGUUGCCAUGGUUCUCCGCAAGCAAUCCCCAUAAAACUCCACUCUGGUGACCACCAGUUACUGCUCCACCAAGUCCGAUCCUUGUAAAGAUCUCCGCCGCGCAUAUCCUGACUAGCUUCCGCACAAUAGGUAUCUUUUAUCUACCCUCGUUACCAAUCAAGACUUUCAACAUAUAAUAUACGACCGACACUCGACAAUGCUGUUUUGUAUAAAGUGUGCCUACACCUGCGUUUCAUAUUGUAAUAUCUCAUGUCAAAUUUGUGUUUAGCUAUUUAAGUAGGCGAUGGGUUUUUAUGAACGGAUAGUUUUAAUAAUUUAGUACCUAUGACUAUUAUUUCUUUUUCAACAUGGAAAGUAUUUGAUCGCAUAAAAUUUGAUUGAUUUUGCACGGUAACCACUAAGCAAUCUUGAUCAAGAUCGUUUUUUAAUCAUCAUAAUAUCUUAAUCCCCGUGCAUUGUUAAAUAAUAUUAAUAAGUUGAGUUUAAAUUAUUUUGCCGCUUCAAUAUUCAAUAAGACGUUAUAAAAUCUGUGUUUUGAUCCCAUUUUGAUCACUUCCAUAAUUUUGACAAUAAGAUUAUCUCAGGUUAUCUGUCUCCAGCAGUCUGCAACAAUGUAUUUAUUAUUUAAAUGAUUUCAUUUUGACAUUUUUUAUGGA